GCCAUGUGCGUGUAUAUAUUAUAUAUACCCCUUUCCAGUUCUCAAGCUUCUUCAUUCUCCAAGUUAGGAAUUUUAACCAAAGCUCCAAAAACAAAUCUUGUGUAGCUACGGGCGGCAGCCAUGGCAGGUAAAUUCUUCAUAUUGUGUUUUCUUUUCUGUUCGGCGAUGGCCAUAAUUAGCUCGGCCAUGGCUUCGGAGGACUCGUUCGAAACCAGCCUGAACCCCAAAAUAUUGAAGCUGAAGAAAGAGAAGCUGACCCGUUUUCAUGUUUAUUGGCACGACGUAGUGGGCGGAAAAAAACCCACCAGCGUCCCAGUGUUGCGAGGCCUAGACAACGUCACAUUGUUUGGCCUCAUCAACAUGUUCGACAACCCCUUGACUGUUGGGCCUGACCCCAAAUCCCGUCUAGUGGGGAGGUCUCAAGGCCUAUACGCUUCCACCGCACAACACGAAAUUGGACUUUUGAUGGCUAUGAACUUCGCCUUCACUUACGGCAAAUACAAUGGCAGCUCCAUCACCAUCCUCGGUCGGAACCCGAUUCUCCACAACGUUCGAGAGAUGCCGGUCGUCGGAGGAACCGGCCGCUUCCGGUUCGCUAGAGGUCAUGCUUUGGCCAAGACUCAGUAUUUCAACUCUACCACAUUGGAUGCCAUCGUUGAAUAUGAUAUUUAUGUUUUGCAUUAUUAUUGAUGAAUAUUUCUAUUUACCCCAUGCGUUUUUUUCUUUCAAGUUUUACAUUUCUUUUUAUUUUUCACAACUCUCAAUAAUGUUACUGGCUACUUUUGGCAGGCUUUCACGUGAUUGUCUUUAUAAUAUGAUUCUUUUUUCGAGUU